AUGAGCAGCAAGAAGGACGAUGAGGGUAUUUACUACAAUAAUAAAACGACCAUUAUUCAAGAAGCGCGUGUUUUCAACGAAUCACCAAUCAAUCCAAGAAAAUGCCGCUCACUGUUAACCCGGAUCGUCUACUUGCUCUAUACUGGUGACACUUUCGCCACUCACGAGGCUACGACACUCUUUUUUGGGACAACCAAGCUCUUUCAAAACAAGGAUGUUAUCUACUUAGCCAUCAAAGAAUUGUCUUCGACUGCUGAGAAUGUUAUCAUGGUCACUAGUAGUAUACAGAAAGAUAUGCAAUCGAAUGCAGAAGCCAUUUAUCGGCCCAAUGCCAUCCGAGCACUUUGUAGAAUUAUCGACCCAUCCAUGGUUCAAAGUGUGGAAAGAUUCUUCAAGGCCGCGAUUGUGGACAAAAACUCUGCUAUUUCUUCUGCAUCUCUCAUUUCUACUUAUCACCUAUUCCCCGUCGCUCGGGAGGUUAUCAAGCGCUGGGUGAAUGAAGCACAAGAAGCUGUUCAUGCGAAACCUUCAUCUAGUGCAUUUAUGGGUAGCUCUGGCCCCUCUGCUAUGAACCUGAGCAGCGCUGGUGGAUACCUUGGUUUUGGGUCAUCUGCACCAGUUACUCCCGUCAAUCCAACCAUACCAUCCACAAGCUACAUUACUCAAUAUCAUGCCCUCGGACUCUUGUACGCCAUUCGACAACAAGAUCGCAUGGCGGUGACCAAAAUGAUACAACAAUUAGCUGGUGGGAAGUCUGCUACCAGUAGCUCACUUAAAAAUCCCAUGGCACUUUGUAUGCUUAUCAGAUAUGCGGCAAAAGUCAUGGAUGAGGACCCAAAUGUCCAAAAGCAGAUGUUCGACUUAUUGGAAGGCUGGCUCAGACACAAGAGUGACAUGGUCAACUAUGAAGCCGCCAGAGCCAUUUGUGAAAUGAGAAACGUCACGUCACAACAGUUUACUCGCGCAGUAUCACAACUUCAGCUGUUCCUAUCCUCACUGAUCUCGGACAUGAAACCA